AUGUUAUGGACUAUACUUUUAAUGGUCAGUGGUCUGCUCGCUCUCAUCAUGCUACUCUUCCCGCUCAAAACCAGAAAGAAAAAUGAGCCACCAUUAGUCAAGGGCUUUAUUCCAUGGCUGGGUCAUGCCCUGGAGUUUGGAAAAGAUGCUGCAAAGUUCCUAACACYGAUGAAACAAAAACAUGGUGCCAUUUUUACGGUGCAUGUUUGUGGUCAUUACAUCACUGUACUGCUGGACCCUAACUCCUAUGACACGGUCCUCGAUGAUACAGCCUCUCUGGACUUCAGUCGCUACGCCCAGGUCCUGAAGCAGAGGAUCUUCAACCUGAGACUACCCAAUCACAACCCAGAUACAGAGAGGGCCUGGAUGGAACAGCACUUCCAGGGCCCCAGCCUAGCCAGACUGAGCAGCAGCAUGCACCUCCACCUCCAGACCCUGCUAAGGGAAGAGGAGAGGAGCUGUAGCCCAGCAGAGUGGAGGCAGGACGGACUUUUCAGCCUCUGUUACAGCCUGCUCUUCAGGGCUGGGUAUCUCACACUGUUUGGUACAGAGAAAAGCAACAACGUCACUGAACUCGCUGCUGUCUACAAAGAGUUCCGCAAGUUCGAUGGUCUUCUCACAAAACUGGCUCGUUCAACCCUUAAGCAAGAGGAGAAGAGGACAGCAAGCCUGUCCCAGGAGCAACUGUGGGAGCUGCUGUCCCCAGCCUGGCUGAGCAGAGGAAAGGGGUCAGAGAGCAUAGAUCAUGGGUCAGACAGCAGCUCCUGGCAGCAGAGUUACCUCAGGCAUCUACAGAGGGAAGGAGUGGACACAGAGAUGCAGAGACGAGCCAUGCUGCUUCAGCUCUGGGUCACCCAGGGUAAUGCUGGACCUGCUGCCUUCUGGCUGCUGGGCUUCCUGCUCACCAACCCUGAGGCCAUGAGAGCAGUGAAGGAGGAGCUCAGAGGCCUGGCUCUGCAGGAGGACGGCUCCCUACAGCACCACCUUCUGGACACACUGGAGCACCACAGCACACCUGUUUUUGACAGUGUUCUGAGCGAGACCCUGCGUCUGACUGCUGCUGCCCUCAUCAACAGAGAGGUGAUCCAGAACACAACCCUUCGUCUGGCAAGUGGACAGGAGUACCACCUCAGACAGGGGGACAGGGUGUGUCUGUUCCCCUUCCUCAGCCCGCAGAUGGACCCUCAGAUACACCACGACCCACAGACAUUUCAAUAUGACCGCUUCCUAAACGCAGAUGGGACAGAGAAGAAGAAGUUCUAUAAGGAUGGGGAGAGACUGAAAUAUUACACCAUGCCAUGGGGUGCAGACAAGAACAUGUGUGUUGGGAGACACUUUGCAGUCAGUGGCAUCAAACAGUUUGCGUUCAUGGUCCUCUCCCGGCUGGACCUGGAGCUGUGUGACCCGACUGCCACCGUUCCUCCGGUCAACCCAAGUCGAUAUGGUUUCGGGAUGCUCCAGCCCGACGGAGACCUGGAGGUCCACUACAGACACAAGACUCUGCACUAGGUCAUG